AGAUUGAAAACACAAUGGAAAACCAGAAGAGACCAAGAAUCCUCUGCCUCCAUGGAUACAGAACAAGUGGUCAAAUCCUCAAGAAAUCAAUAUUCUCACGUUGGCCUGAAACCGUAACACAAAAAUUGGACCUUGUUUUUCUUGAUGGUCAAUGUCCAGCUCGGGGAAAAUCACAAGUUGAAGGCAUUUUCGAUCCUCCUUAUUAUGAAUGGUUCCAAUCCAAUGAGGAUUACACAGAGUAUAGGAACUUUGAGGAAUGCAUAGAAUACAUUGAGGAUUACAUGCUAAAAAAUGGUCCUUUUGAUGGUGUUCUUGGAUUCUCUCAGGGAGCUAUGUUGGCAGCUGUAUUGCCAGGAAUGCAAGCACAGAGAGUAGCACUUGAGAAGAUAAGCAAGAUCAAGUUCGUGAUUCUCAUAUCAGGAGCCAUAUUUCGUGGGAUGAAGUAUGGAACACCUAAACUUGCUUUCCAUGCAUUUUCAAAACCAAUUGAUUGCCCCUCUCUUCACAUUAUAGGUGAGAAGGAUUUCUUGAAGCCAGAAAGCAUUAUUCUGCUAGAGGCUUUUGUCAACCCUGUUUUGAUUCAUCACCCAAAAGGACAUGAAAUCCCAAGACUUGAUGAAAAGAAUCUUGGAACUAUGCUUAGUUUUAUUGACACAAUUCAAGGGACGCCAUCAUAUGGUCACUGCCGGCUAUGAAACUUGAGAUUUACUUUUACUACCGGUUACUCGCGCGCUCUACGCCUUUCCCAUUUUACCCUUCUGCUACUUAAGUAGCGGACGUUAUAAAGGUAUGGUGUUUUUGGAGGGUGUCCGCUACCUAAAUAUCGGAUGGGGGUAUUUUGAUAAUUUCGUAGGGCAUGCGAGGAAGACAGUAGGGUGGCAAAAGUAAUUCUCAUGAAACUUUAGCACUAAUUGUAAUACCUACAUGGGUUAGUAGAGCAGUGAACUUUGUGUUUUAUUUUUCAUAUGGGUAGAGAAAGCCCUAUGUACUUGAAACAGUUAGAAAUGAGAGAGUGAGAUUGUUCAUAUUUCAUAGUGAAAUUUGUUGUUGCCUAUGGAAAUAGACGUCCAACUUGAGAGCACCACCUAAUUUUGAUGUGUUGAGUUUUGACUCUUGAGAAGCUAAUGAGACAAGGCAGGGAAGACCUUAGGGCUUAAAGAGCACUUACAAAGGACAUUUACCUCCCUCCAAAAAUAUCAAUGGAGCUCGAAUCAUAUAAUACAAACUUUUAAUUAAUUAAAAUGUUAUUAUUGAAUAGUAUAACGUUACUUAUACUAUUCAAAAGUGUUGGAACGAUAAAUUACCGACGAAUUUUGAAGUUAGUAGAAGAGCUACGGAGUCACUUAACGACUGGUUGAAAGCGACAAAUAUGAGAACAACACACCGAAGUCCGGCUGUACAUGAGACUGAACUACACUGGUGCAAACCCCAACCAGGAACACUUAAAUGUAAUGUCGACGCGGCGUGCUAUGAGGAAGCUAACCAGUACUGCAUUGGAGCUUGUUUGAGAGAUGCAGAAGGCAAAGUCAUACGUGCCUAUAUGAAGAAAUUUGAAGGCAAACCGGAGGUUAAAGAAGCUGAAGCAGUAGCAUUAUUGGAAGCUCUCAAUUGGCUACAACAGUACAACAGUGUGUUGGAGGAAAGGCUGGAAGCAAUAUGG